AGAUGAAAGCACUACAAAUUACUCAUUCCCCACUCACCCCAAAGACUUGAUAUAUAGUUUAUAUUAAAAAAAAAAAACCAUAUGGAUAAUCCCAUGAGAGUUGUUUCACUUCUCAGAUUUCUAAGCAUUGUAAUAACUAUUAGCAUUUGCUCAUGCAAUGGCAAUCUGAUCAGUGCGCCUUGCAAGGAAUAUGAGAGACAAUCACUUUUGAUGUUGAAGCAAGACCUCAAGGAUCCUUCAAACCGGCUUUCAUCUUGGGUUGGCAGCGAAGGAGACUGCUGCAACUGGACUGGAGUUAUCUGCGAUAAGAAAACCGGUCAUGUCUGCGAGCUCCACCUUGGGAAUUAUUAUGCAGAUGAUGAAUUUUCAAGUGAGAGUUUGUGCUUGGGUGGUAAGUUAAAUCCUUCUCUGCUCAAUUUAAAGCAUCUUAGCUACCUGGACCUAUACGGAAAUGAUUUUGAAGGAAAACAGAUUCCUAGCUUCUUAGGUUCGUUGAAAAGUUUAAGAUAUCUCAACCUUUCAGAAGCAAGGUUUGGAGGAACAAUUCCUCCUCAACUAGGAAACCUCUCGAGUCUUCGCACUCUUGCUCUGUUUGAUAACAAUUUUGUAGUUGAGAACCUUCAAUGGAUUUCUGGCCUUUCUCAUUUGCAACACCUGGAUAUUGCUGCUAUAGAUCUUAGCAAAGUAUCACAUUGGUUGCAGGGGACAAGCACACUUCCCUCUCAGCUGGUAGAACUACAUAUGUCUGAAUGUGAUCUAGGUGUCCUACCAGGCGGAAUUUCGAACAUGACUAGUCUUCGAGUUCUUAAUCUCGAUUACAACUCUAUCAGUUCUAUAAUUCCCAAAUGGUUGUAUACUUUUAGCAAUCUUGAAACACUACUUCUUUCAGAAAAUAACUUUCAUGGUGAAAUUUCAAGUUCCAUUGGAAACUUAACAGCCCUUGUCCAUCUUGACACAUCAGACAACCAACUUGAUGGGAAAAUCCCAAACUCAUUGGGAAACCUUUGUAAGCUAAUGUUUCUCGAAUUUUCGAGGAACAAUUUCAGCGGAAGCAUUUCAGAAAUAUUUGAAAGCUUGUCUGCGUGCAGUUCAAGUCGCAUUGAGUUUUUAGGUCUAUCAGAUAAUAAUCUUUCAGGUCAUCUGUCUCAGCUUGGUAACUUCAAAAAUUUAGGCUCGCUUGACUUUUCAAGUAAUUCAAUAUCAGGUCCAAUUCCAGUGUCCUUGGGAAAUCUGUCAUGCUUAGAAGUUUUGAACAUUGGUAACAAUCAAUUAGAGGGUGUUGUCUCCGAAGUUCAUUUCACCAAUCUUACAAAACUGAAAUACUUUUAUGCGAGCGAAAAUUCGUUGACUCUGAAAACUAGUCCAAAUUGGCUUCCUCCCUUCCAAUUAUACACCUUGUUUCUAAAUUCUUGGCAUCUAGAGCCAUCAGAGUUGCCUGCAUGGCUUCAAACUCAAACAAAACUGUAUGCUCUUAACCUGUCAAAUACAUCUCUUUCAGGUAUCAUUCCUACCUGGUUUUGGAACUUUUCUUCCCCUGGAUUACAACUUUUGGAUCUCUCUUACAAUCAAUUGUAUGGAAAAGUUCCGAAUAUAGAUUCUAGAUUUUCAGAAGUAAUUAACCUAGGUUCUAACCAGUUCCACGGUUCAUUACCUCUAUUUUCUUCCCACAUAACUAUACUAGAUCUUUCCAACUCAUCAUUUUCCGGAACUUUGUUUCAUUUCUUGUGUGACAAGACUGAUGGGCCAAAACAACUUGAAAUUCUUCAGCUUCAAGACAAUUUUCUCAAUGGAGAAAUUCCUGACUGUUUGGACAAUCUACAAAACUUGACAGUUCUCAACUUAGAAAGCAACAGUUUGGGUGGGAACAUUCCAGCCUCCGUUGGGCACUUAGGACGCCUCCAAUCGUUGCAUUUGCGCAAUAAUCGCUUAUCUGGAGAAGUACCUAUUUCCCUGCAAAAAUGUGAGUACUUGGCCCUUCUUGACCUUCACAGAAAUGAAUUUGUUGGAAGCAUACCAACAUGGAUUGGUAAAAGCCUUUCAUAUUUGAGAAUUCUCAACCUCCGUUCAAACAUGCUUCACGACAACAUUCCUCAUGAACUAUGCAGUCUCCGAAAUCUCCAGAUCCUGGACCUCGCGGACAACCACCUUUCCGGAGCAAUACCAACAUGUUUCAAGAAUUUCACAGCCAUGGCAAAUUUUUCAAACUCGAGAGACCCCAUUUUGUUCUCCACUGUAUCAUUUGAUGAUGGUUCAACUUCUUUCCAGUACAACUACAUAGAGAAUGUAAUCUUGGUGAGAAAAGGUAGGGAGGUGGAGUACAACAAAAUACUUAAUUUGGUGACAAGCUUGGACCUUUCAGACAACUUUAUAUCUGGAGAGAUCCCUAAAGAGCUGACCAUCCUCGUCUGUUUGCAAUCAUUCAACUUAUCAGGAAAUCUUUUGGCUGGAAACAUCCCUUCAAAUAUUGGUGAUAUGAGAUGGUUAGAAUCUCUCGAUUUCUCAAGGAACAAACUUACAGGUCAGAUUUCUCCAAGCAUGUCAAAGUUAACAUUUCUAAGCAAUUUGAACUUGUCCUACAACUAUCUGACAGGACAGAUUCCGGAAAGCACACAACUUCAGAGCCUUGAUCGGUCAAGUUUCUUUGGCAAUAAACUUUGUGGACCUCCACUGGAGAAGUGCAGCACAAACCAUGGUGGGAGUUCGGUUUCAUCGGGUGAUCAAAAAAAGGGAGGAAUUGGUCUUUUACUAGAAGACGGUUGGUUCGAUCUGGGCUUGGGACUAGGGUUUGCAUUUGGAUAUUGGAGUGUUCUUGGCUCGUUGUUGUUGAACAUGCCAUGGAGUACUGGGUUUUCGCGGUUCCAAAAUAACAUUGUGAGCAAGCUCUAUGCCAUAAUUCAAGAGAAACUAUGAGCAUUCGAACUUAAGUGUAGAGAGAAAGAGCGUUGCUUUAACCAACUUGGGUACGCCAAUGUUUGAAAAGCUUUAUGAUAUUACUGUUGAAUCUUCAUAACUAUUACUGCAUGUAUAAGUUAUACCAAUAUUUAUGUUUGUGUAUGCGAACAGAGUAACUUUCUUGCUAAUUUCAAACAAAUACGCAAUUAUCAUAA